AUGAUCGUACGGUCUUCAGCCGCCAGGAGCCUGGCCCAUGCUGCCGCGAAGACAGCUCCCCGAUCGACAACCACCUCCUCCGUCGUCGCCGCUACAAGCUCCCAGAGUCGCUCAUACGCCACUGUGCAGGAAGGACAACCUCAACAACGGAGAUAUGGCGGACUGAAAGACCAAGACAGGAUAUUCCAGAAUCUAUACGGUCACCAUGGCACAGAUCUGAAGAGUGCGAUGAAAUAUGGCGACUGGUACAAGACCAAAGAAAUUGUGCUGAAAGGCCAUGACUGGCUGAUCAAUGAGAUCAAGGCUUCGGGCCUGAGAGGAAGAGGUGGUGCGGGCUUUCCGUCAGGGUUAAAGUUUUCAUUCAUGAACUUCAAAGGCUGGGAAAACGACAAGAAGCCUCGAUAUCUUGUGGUCAAUGCAGACGAAGGUGAGCCAGGAACAUGCAAGGACCGAGAGAUCAUGCGCAAAGAUCCGCACAAGCUGGUCGAAGGGUGCCUGGUGGUCGGCCGCGCGAUGAACGCCACCGCCGCGUACAUCUACAUCCGUGGCGAGUUCUACCACGAAGCAACAGUUCUGCAGCGCGCAAUCCAAGAAGCAUACAAGGCUGGCCUGAUUGGCAAGAAUGCAUGCGGCUCCGGUUACGAUUUCGACGUGUACCUGCACCGAGGGAUGGGAGCAUAUGUCUGUGGCGAGGAGACUUCGUUGAUUGAAUCAUUGGAAGGCAAGGCCGGCAAACCGCGCCUGAAGCCGCCAUUCCCCGCUGCCGUCGGCCUAUUUGGGUGCCCGUCAACAGUCACGAACGUCGAGACCGUUGCCGUGUGCCCGACCAUCGCCCGCCGUGGAGGUAAAUGGUUCGCCGGCUUCGGCCGGGAGCGCAAUCAAGGCACCAAACUGUUCUGUAUUUCAGGUCAUGUCAACAACCCAUGCACGGUCGAGGAAGAAAUGUCCAUCCCUCUACGCGAACUGAUUGAGAAGCACUGCGGCGGUGUCCGUGGUGGCUGGGACAACCUGCAAGCUGUCAUUCCCGGCGGCUCCUCGACGCCGAUCUUGCCGAAACACAUCUGCGACGACCAGUUAAUGGACUUUGACGCGCUUAAAGAUUCCCAGUCGGGUCUCGGCACAGCGGCUGUCAUCGUCAUGGACAAAUCGGCCGACGUGGUCAGGAUGAUUUCUCGCCUCAGCCAAUUCUAUAAGCACGAGAGCUGCGGUCAAUGUACGCCGUGUCGCGAGGGCAGCGCCUGGACUGCCAAGAUGAUGGAACGCUUCGAAAAGGGCCAGGCCCGCGCCCGCGAGAUCGAUAUGAUACAGGAGCUGACCAAGCAAGUCGAGGGACACAGUAUUUGCGCUCUGGGAGAAGCCUUUGCUUGGCCUAUUCAAGGUCUCAUCCGCCAUUUCCGCCCGGAACUCGAAGCUCGUAUCAAAGAGUAUGCUAGUAUUUCGGGAGCUGAGGCUCUGGCCGGAGGCUGGGAACCAAAUUCGGCGAAAAAAGGCUUGCUUAUCGCUCCGGGCCAGUAA